UUGAGGGGCCUCUUCCUAUCUUCAGCUGCGGUGGCUGUGUGAAGAGGGCGAACAGCGAUGGCGGGUGUUGCAGCGGAUGCAGUGGCCUCAACCGCUGAGGACAGAGAGCCACAGCGCGAGGCGAUGCCGGGUCUGGAAAGCCAGCGGCGCCAAAUUGAGAAUAGCGAGAGUGGGCGAGAGCGUCCACUGCAGGCCGGUGAAAGCUGGUUCCUUGUGGAGCAGCACUGGUAUAAACAGUGGGAAGUGUACGUGCAGGGAGGAGACCAGGACUCCAGCACCUUCCCCGGCUGUAUCAACAAUGCUAAGCUCUUUGAAGAUCAGGUAAACUGGAACCUCAAGAAGGGACUGGUGGAAGGUGAGGACUAUGUGCUGCUCCCAGCAGCUGCGUGGCAUUACCUGGUCAGCUGGUAUGGUCUGAAGCAUGGCCAGCCACCCAUUGAACGCAAGGUUGUGGAGCUGCCCGGCAUCCAAAAGGUUGAGGUUUAUCCAGUAGAGCUGCUGCUUUUCCAGCAUAGUGAUAUGGGCACACCUCAUACUGCCCAAUUCAGCCACACAGAUUCUCUUGACCUGGUGUUGCACACAGCUCGGGAGCGGUUUCUGGCUAGCCCACAGGAGGAGACGCGGCUGUGGAUCAAGCACUCAGACGGCUCUUUUGAGCGAUUGUGCAACACACACGUUACAGUACUUGACGCCCGCCUCAAGACUGGGCAGGUGAUCGUCAUGGAGACCCGAAACAAAGAUGGCGCUUGGCCCAGUGCAAAGCAAUAUGUCAUGAAGAGCGUGUCGAAGGAAGAUGAGGACUUCCAGGGCCAGCCAGGCGUCUGUGGUCUCACAAAUCUGGGCAACACGUGCUUCAUGAACUCGGCUCUGCAGUGCCUCAGCAAUGUGCCACAACUCACCGAGUACUUCCUCAACAAUCGCUACCUGGAAGAGCUCAACUUCUGCAACCCCCUGGGCAUGAAGGGUGAGAUUGCAGAGGCUUAUGCAGACCUGGUGAAGCAGGCAUGGUCUGGCCACCACUGCUCCAUUGUGCCCCAUGUGUUCAAGACCAAGGUUGGCCACUUUGCAUCCCAGUUUCUGGGCUACCAGCAGCAUGACUCACAGGAGCUGCUGUCGUUCCUCCUGGAUGGGCUUCAUGAGGACCUCAAUCGGGUAAAGAAGAAGGAGUACGUGGAGCUGUGUGAUGCCGCUGGACGGCCUGAUCAGGAGGUGGCUCAGGAGGCCUGGCAGAACCACAAACGGCGGAACAAUUCUGUGAUUGUGGACACUUUCCAUGGCCUCUUCAAGUCCACACUGGUGUGCCCUGAUUGCGGCAAUGUGUCUGUGACCUUCGACCCCUUCUGCUACCUCAGUGUCCCGCUGCCUGUCAGCCCCAAGAGGGUCAUGGAGGUCUUCUAUGUCUCCAUGGAUCCCCGCCGCAAGCCAGAGCAGCACCGACUUAUUGUUCCCAAGAAAGGCAAAAUCUCGGAUCUCUGUGUGGCUCUGUCCAAACACACAGGUGUCCAGCCAGACAGGAUGAUGGUGGCCGAUGUCUUUAGUCACCGCUUCUAUAAGAUCUACCAGCUGGAGGACUCUCUGAAUAGCAUCUUGGACCGAGAUGAUAUCUUCAUAUAUGAGGUGUCAGCUAGGGCUGGGACCGGUGAGGGCAUAAGAGAGGAUGUUGUGCUUCCCAUCUACCUACGGGAGCGCUCCCCAGCCCGGGACUUCAACAACUCCUACUAUGGCCUCAUGCUUUUUGGGCACCCACUCCUGCUGUCGGUGCCCCGUGACCGGCUCACCUGGGAUGCCUUGUAUCACAUCCUGCUGUACCGGCUCUCACGCUACGUAGCCAGGCCCAGCUCAGAUGAUGAGGACGAUGGGGAUGAGAAAGGAGACACAGAGAAUAAGGGCAACAUUGCCAAGUCUGGGCAAACAGCUGGGGGCAGCCUUCAAGACCCUGGGCCAGAGCAGGCUGGACCCAGCUCUGGAGUCGUGGGCAGGAACCGGGCUCCUGCAGACAACUCCCCCGGCCCUUCUAACUGGCCCCAGAGGUCCCGGCGCAAGCAGCUCUUCACCCUGCAGACAGUGAAUUCAAAUGGGACCAGUGACCGCAUGACCUUCAGCGAGGAUGGCCAUGGUGUCUCCUUCAGCUCCCAGCCGUACAUUGCCAUCGACUGGGAGCCAGAGAUGAAGAAGCGUUACUAUGACGAGGUGGAGGCUGAGGGCUUUGUGAAGCAUGAAUGUGUUAGCUAUGUGCUGAAGAAAGCUCCAGUGCGGCUGCAGGAGUGCAUUGAGCUCUUUACCACCGUUGAGACUCUGGAGAAGGAGAACCCCUGGUACUGCCCCAACUGUAAGCAGCACCAGCUGGCCACUAAGAAGCUGGACCUGUGGAUGCUGCCUGAGAUCCUGAUUAUCCACCUGAAGCGCUUUUCCUACACCAAGUUCUCCCGAGAGAAGCUUGACAUCCUUGUGGAGUUCCCUAUCCGAGACUUGGACCUCUCCGAGUUUAUCAUCAAACCACGGAGUGAGUCGGAUCCAGAUCUGUACAAAUACGAUCUCAUUGCAGUUUCAAACCAUUAUGGAGGCCUGCGCGAUGGACACUACACAACAUUCGCUUGCAACAAGGACAGCGGCCAGUGGCACUACUUUGAUGACAACAGCGUCUCUCCAGUGACUGAGGACGAGGUUGAGUCCAAGGCAGCCUAUGUCCUCUUCUACCAACGCCAGGAUGUGGCGCGACGCCUACGAUCCCAGCCCGACUUAUCUGGCCCCCCAGAACCCCCUGCCUGUGGUUCCCCACCCAGCUCUGAGUCCAUGGAUGUAAACUGAGGGGCCCUGCGUCCUGUCACACAGAAGGAAACUAAGAGAAGGAAACUAUCUUUACCACCCCCCUCCCUGUGUCCACCACCCAUUCUCUUCUCCGUGUUACGUGCCCCUGCCAGGUAGUCCAGGCUCAGUUGUGGCCACAAUUGUCAUGUGCCGCUAUAUUGCUCUCCCUGAGGGGAAGAAAAGGUCCUAUCUCUUCCCCUAGCAGUGUUGCCUGCUUGUGUUUACCCCUUAGAGCAACAGCCCUCCCCCCGCCCUGUUUUCUUUUUUUUUUUUAAUUUAUGGUUGUCCUUUUCCGUCUUUCCUCAACCUGGGGUCUUCUAGUGAGGUAGGGGUGCAUCUGAACACAGUGUAUUUUCUUAUUGAUAUCCUGUAUUCUCUGCUGUAUGUAUAUAAAGCUCCAGUCUGUUCCUCACUCAGCAGCGUGGUUUGUUGUUUUCAUGCAUUUACUAAGCGCCAGCUAUAUGCCUAACUCUGUUCUGUGUGCUUAUUAAUGCCAGCUGUGUGAUGGGUGCUGCUCUGAGUGCUUAUUGAAUACCAACUAUGUGCCAGGUGCUUUUCUAAGUGCUUUUCAAGCACCAUUUGUGUGCCAGACACUAUUCCAAGCACCACUUAUAUGUCCAGUUUUUCCAGAGCAUUUUACAAGUAUUGACUCAUAAUUCUCACAACAGUUUCAUGAGGGAGUUGUCAUCUCCUAUUUCAGGUGGAGAAAACUGAGGUACAAAGGUCAGGUAGUUGCUCAAGUUCUUUCAGGAAGUCGGUAUAUCUCAUUAGUACACCGGAGUUGAUCUUUGUAGAGGGGGUGGGGGUGUCUGACCUACCUGGAGCAGGACUACAAAUCUUUCUGUGGACAUGACCUGCCCUGUAGCUUAUGUGGAGAGAGUGCACUGGCCCAGACUGGCCAACCUGACAGGUCAAAUGUGCUGUGUCUUUGUUGCCCCUGUACCUGACCCCCCUCCCACCAUGACCCCAGCUCCCUCACCAGGCAAGGUCCCUCCAGCCUCACCCCAGAGGUAAGUGAGGUGUGGAGCAUCUACCAUAGAAUGGGCACUGAGUACUUCCUGAGCAUAAGAUGCCAUUUAAGCACUAAACAUCUGCCACUUGACUCCUCCCAUAGGAGCCAGCUGUCACCUCUGAGAAACAGGGCUCUCAAUAACUGUGGGCUGGAGGGGAGUAAACGUGUGAUACUUGGACAGACAUAAGCCACCUAAUCUUUCACACUGAAGAAGGGAAUUGAUCAGUGGCAGCUGAGAGACCAUUCCCCAGUAAGGGCCUCAACAUUCCCCACAGCCUGCUGCCUUUGCAUUGGAUCUGGCAAGACCCUUUGUCACUCAGCCCCAGGAUUACCACCCACAAGCCUCCCAGUCACACUGUUGACACAGGCAAGAAUCAUGGUUGCUGGUGAGCCCAGCUCAAAUUGACAAGCAAAGCCAGAAAUAAACAAAUACUAGUUUCAGAUAUGGCUGGAUCUGGAACCUCAAAAGCUAUCAUUUAAUCCUCAUGAACUGCAUAUGAUUUUAAGCACAUUAUCACCCCCAUUUUGUAGGUAAAAGAAAAAGGCAAGAGCUGGGUCAAAAUGGGCUUUAAAUACAGGAAUGCCUUGUUACAUAUGAAUAAUCAGUCCUGGAUAAAGUCUAUCUAAAAUGAAUCCAUGUAAAAUAACUUCCCUGGGAAAACAAACACUCAAGGAAGAAACUAGUCUACAGGACUAACGGUCUACAUGAACCACGGCUUCAUCCAUCCUGAGACUAGAACUAGAUGCUGCCUGGUUACCACUACUGACCAUUCUGAUCAGGGCCACAAUAGAUGGGCGCUGAUAGAAUGGGAGAAAAAUAUGGAACAGAACCUCAAAUUCCUAAAAAAAAAAAAAAAAAACUUGACCGUUAGAGACUGGAGUACUUGCUGAGACUUCUGCCCUGAGAUACUCUUUAAACUUUGGACUGAAACUAGCACCUGAGGUCAACUUUUAGCUAAAUAACAGAUUGGCUCACAAAAUAUCACCCGUGAGUACUAUGCUGCUUUAAAAAAAUCAUCUAUAUGAGACCAAACGGUCAACAAUUACUUUAAAACAAAGAUGAGAAUGUA